CGGCAGCGAAAAGGGAGCAAGAAGGAGUUUGAGAGUAGUCGGAAACUGGGAAUCGCCAACAAGAACUGCUCACACGAGCCGCGGAAAGUUCAGUAGUGCUUUCCCAUCUCCCUGCCUUCCCUCAAUUUACCACAGCCACUUAUGAAAUAAUAUUAACUGGGGUGAAAAUACCUAAAAUGUGUAAGCGUGGGUGAUAUGGGUAAAGAUCAAGAAAUGCCAAGUGUUUGAGGAAAAAAAUAACGAGUCGAAUAACAGAAAAGAAAGAGAAGUGCUAAUUCAGAAAUCUAAUUUGCUUGGAAAAAGAACAAGAGACGCUCAAUAUAGUCGGACCAAUUGUCCAUUGCUGGAUCGAAAGGAUCAAUUCUUCCGAAUUGCAGCAUGCUGUGAGGGAGUUACUUCGAUGAAUUGAACGGAACUUCAACUUAUAAUUGUUGCGCGAGAAGACCUUGACAAAGCUAAAGAUGACCAGCCUUUUUCUUCCAUGAUGUUCCAAAUCACAUCCUGCACAACAUCACAUCAAGAAAGAAUGUCAAGACACACUGAAAAAGAUUUCUUGCUCAUCCUUGAUGACAUUUAAGCCUAAGGCAUGAUUUGUUAAGUUAAAGUGAGAGAGACUCAAGAGACCAUCUACAGUUAUCUGAAGAUUUGUGAUCCAUGUAUCAGCAACAUGUUUACCAUUGGCUGGGAUUUUAGAUAAUGUGGAAAUGCUGGGGGACCCACAAUGCCAAUAACUGCAGAAAGUGCUAAGCUCUAUCUCACUCUUCUAGAACGCUGCCUUCAUAUCAAGCUGAGGGAAGAACAACAAACUCCAGGAUUUCAGCUGUGCCAUUCAGCCAUUCAGAUGCUAUGUGAAUACAUACAUUUGAAUUUUGGAGUGGGAGCAAGUGCUGUACAACCUGACCAAAAGGAAAGAGAAGAUUUUGAGAUUUGUACAGCUCACUUGACCAGAGCAGAGGGAGACAAAGAUAAGCUUGGAAUACGUUUUGGGAAUGUCCCAAUCUAUUGGGAUUCUCCAAAUGACCAAGAGAGCAGGAAAACCAGAAAGAAAAAAAGAAGUAGCAAAGGCCCUGUGUUGGAUGUUGGAUAUAUCUGGGUGACAGAAGUCGAGAAGCACAGUCCUGCUGCAAAGUGUGAGAAAAUUAAAAUCCGAGAUGAAGUGUUGUUGUUGAAUGGACAGUUGAUGGUUGGUGUUGAUGUUGCAGGUGCCAGUUACCUGGCUGACCAGUGCUGGAAUGGCGGAUGUAUCUACCUGAUCAUGCUGCGUCGCAUUAAACGCAAAGCCCCUCUUCCUCCUUCUAAUGGUAGCAACAGUGAACUCAGGACAAGCAGCGGCAGCUCUGAGCCAAGUGAAAGUCCCUCACAAAAUGGCAAACGAACUCGGAAGUUUGGUGUCAUCUCCCGUUCUUCCCUCAAUCGGGAUAGCCAGGACAGUCGGGAGAGUCAUAGCUCUGAGCAAGAGAAUGGAUAUCAUGUCUCCAUGGAGGCAGAGUGUUCAAAAACCGAAGCCAUUGACUCUCAUUCUGACCCCAAAGACUCUGAUGCAACUGUUGACUGGAAUACAGAGGAGCAACUUGCUAAUGGAACCUCAACUCUAUCAACAGCACUGCACAGAACCCAACUCUCAGAAACUGGGAAGACAGACUCUAAACAGAGUGAACACUCUACUCAGCGGGAAGGUUGCCAAAUAUGGAAGAUGCACAUGGUGAAGGGUUCGGAUGGACUUGGUAUUCAGAUUACGGGAGGCCGAGGAUCCAAGCGUUCACCCCAUGGCAUCAUCGUGACAUAUGUUGAAGAAGGAGGAGCAGCGCAAAGGGAUGGAAGACUGAAAUCCGGUGAUGAGCUGCUAAUGAUUAAUGGACAGUCACUGGUUGGACUCUCACACCAGGAGGCAGUUGCCCUACUUCGAUCAGCAGCAGGACUUGUACAGCUAGUUGUUGCAAGCAGGGAUGAAUCUGAGAUCCAUUUCCAGAAAUUCCCCUCCACAAGUUUACCUGAUUUGGUGACUAACUUUGUGGUUGCUGAUAACUCCCCUUCUCCUACGGAAAAUAAAGAGAAUGUACAGCCAGACAGUGAAGAUGUUGCAGCCAACUGCCAUUUGCACCACCGUCCAGAAAGUGUUUCAGAAACUGAGAAAAGCGAUGACCGUGACCGUGUGGAAGCACCUCAGCUCUGUUGUCGAAGUCCAGUACCAGGCAGUAGUGUAAUGAAAUUCAGGAGCAGGUCCCAAGGCGGAGGGAGCCGCUUGGAAUCUGUUGGUGAAGAUGAUGAGCUAAUUGUGGAAAAUGGUGAACCAAGUUGUGACAUGGCAGAAAAGCCAGCACGAGGAGGCCGCAAACAUUCCCUUCCCCAGCAGCUGGAUGCAGUUGGUAUCAGACAGGAGUAUCAAAUAGUUAAAAAGUCAGCACGUUCCUUAAGCACAGUUCAAGUGGAAUCACCAUGGCGACUAGCCCAGCCUUCAAUCAUCUCUAACAUUGUUUUAAUGAAAGGACAAGGAAAGGGACUUGGUUUCAGCAUAGUUGGUGGCCAGGAUUCUGCCCGAGGGCGAAUGGGAAUAUUUGUCAAAACUAUUUUUCCAAAUGGAGCAGCUGCUGCUGAUGGGAGACUGAAGGAAGGGGAUGAAAUUCUCGAAGUUAAUGGGGAAUCUCUGCAGGGGCUAACCCAUCAGCAGGCCAUCCAGACCUUCAAGCAACUGAAGAAAGGAGUUGUGACCCUGACUGUUCGUACAAGGUUGCGCAGUCCUAGCCUUACUCCUUGUCCCACUCCCACAUUAAUGAGCCGGUCCAGCUCUCCCAAUUCCAAUACCAGUGGUGGAACUCCAGUGCCGGGCUCAGAAGAGGGAGAUUGCUCUCGCAAAGGACCAGGGCCGAAAGAUCGUAUCAUAAUGGAGGUGACAUUAAAGAAAGAAGCUGGAGUUGGGUUAGGGAUUGGUGCCUGUUGCCUUACAUUAGAGAAUGGAACCCCAGGAAUCUACAUCCACAGCCUUGCCCCAGGAUCCGUUGCCAAACUGGAUGGCAGAUUAAGCCGAGGUGAUCAAAUUUUGGAGGUGGACUCCGUAAGCCUGCGACAUGCAGCUCUGAGUGAAGCAUAUGCAAUUCUAAGUGAGUGUGGUCCAGGUCCUAUCAGCCUUAUUAUUAGCCGUCAUCCAAACCCAAAGGUCUCGGAACAGGAAAUGGAUGAGGUGAUAUCACGGACAACUCAUCGGGAGAACAUAAGCAAAGAUGGACAACUAUCACACACCCCAGGGUUAUCAUCAAAAAGCCCAUCACCUAGUGUGAAAUCCAAGCAGGGUGAUGGAUCUUCUCUCAGUUGGACUAUGAAACGCUUUCUGGAACCCACAAGUCGGCAAGGGUCACUGAGUUCAGAAACGGAACUCUCCCAGUACUUUUUCCACAACAUUCCUAACCAUUCGUCACUCUCAGACACGAUGGUAACAGCGGCCAGUGAGGAAGAACACCUGCGGCAGAAGAGCACAAGUAACUCAUUGGAUGAUGGUGAUGUUCCCCCUCUGAAUCCAGAAAUUGGAGUGCCUAAACCAGAAGUAUCCUCCGUCUCCCUCAACAAUGGGAAACCUGUUGUACCUAUCAACAAACACGUGGAAGUUGUUCGACAGGCCAGCCUGAGUGACAGUCCCAAAUCAAUCCGCAGCCCUCUUCUACGCCAGAGGAGGGUCAUUUGCUAUGAUGACAUCAGCGACGAUGAGGACUUUGUGAAGCCCAAGGAUAACGUUCGACUCAAACGGCCUCAAAGGGACACUGCACAGAAGGUACCCGAGGAAGAUUCAGGGAUUAUUAUAGCCACGUCCUCUGUCGAAGUAGAUGAUGAAAGCCAAGAUGGUGAGUUGCUAAGAAAUAUCAGCAGUGAUGGAGCCACACCUCUGUAUAGCAGCUCACUAGAGUCUGAGGACAGUUCAAUGGAGCAAAUGGUUGACUCGCCCUUCAUGCCGCUUAAAUUCUUUGAAUCUUCCAGCUCUACUGACACUAAUCACAGCAACCUUGGUGUCAAGGAGGGUCAGGUGGAGUCCAAACGAUCACCCAAACUUGAACACAAAGCUGUCACUAGAGUAAAAAGCAUGAUGAGCAUCGAGUGCCCACCAACCCUCCUGAAGCAGAAGAAUGAUGAGCAUCAGUUACACUCUGCCAAGCCUAUUGCAAGGCCACUGCCUCAUAGCAAAAAGGCUGAAACCACAGACACCUCUGGACUGUACUGUACAGAAACGGUACAUCUCUCACGUAAGGAAUCAGAAUCAUUUGGACUGGACUUGGAAAUCAAGGCUUCUCCCAUGAGAGUUCUGAUAACAGGUUUACAACCAGGUGGAGCUGCUGAGAGAGAAUCUAAGGGAAAGCUUGGUCCUGGAGAUGAAAUUGUCUUGAUUAAUAGCUCACCAGUCUUCGGCAUGUCUUACCAAGAGACCUGUAACUUUAUGUAUGACCUCCCACCCUCCAUCACACUCGAAGUACGAAAACCAGUAUCAGCUGUAGACAGAUUGUCAAGUAUCAUCUCAUCAUCUUCGACCAAUCCAAAUUUGCUAGAACCUGACAACAUAGAGCCUGAUGGAAACUUAAUUGCCAAUGAAAGCAGUGAGGAAACAAUUGAUGACUUGCUGCAGAACCGAAUGACAGGUAUGGAAGUGCAACCCCAGAGAAAACCUACUGAAGACACUCUGGAGAUGAACAAAGUAGUUUCACAGGAUUCCUACAAUAACUCACUGCAGAAUAACAAAUCUGACAUCCCAGUUACAGACAUUGAUGAUGUCAUCAAUCAGCUAAAUUCUGAGGAAGAAAUUACAAAUACUUUGUCUCUGAAAUCGGAAAAGAACGAAGUUGAUAUUACUGCUCAUCCAAUAAAAGCUACCAACAACACAAAUGGUACAAGUAACAAAGGUGAUUAUUCAACAGACAUCAAACAGGAAGUUCUCGACUAUUCUGUUCUGAAUUCAGUCAACACAGGCAAAAUAUUUUCAGUGAACAAAACAUGUCUGACUAACUACUCCAGAAAUUUAAGCACCAAGAAGGAGGAAAAAUCAUUGAGUUUAACAGACAUCAAAGAAAAAAGUAAACAACAAUCCAUGUAUGCUGCUGCAGUGGACACUGAUUCGGAGACUGAAUCUUUGGAUAGCCCUCAAUUAUCUUGUUCUAAAGUGGCAGUGGUUUUGCCUGGAGAUGUUAGUUUCACUCAGUGUAAAAGCCUUAGUGUUGCAGAUUCAGAUACUGAAGAGGUUGAAAUCUGCUACCAGCCUAGUGAUCAAACAAAAACUUCACAGCAAUUUGUGCUCCUUCCAACAAAUCUGAACCAAGAUGUUCUGCAUAAGAACGAUUUAUCCAUGGCUGAGCUUGCUCCAGAAGCAAGUAAAGAGACAAUCGCUUCCUCUCUGCCUUCCAUUUUUGAUAAGAAUAGAACAGAGAUUGUCCAGCAGAGCCCAUUGCCAAAAUCUGUGGAUGGUAGGCCUUCUGAACUGACCAAAUCUGAAAGCAUAAGUGUCCUCACUGCUACAGAUGUAGAUGAUUCACAAAUCAAACAUGUAGGAUUUGAUCCUGCUUUCAAGGAGUCUCUGCCAAUGAAUUCUGUGGAAGGCACAGAUUUGAUGACCUUUCAUAACCAAGAGUCAGACAGAGGCCAUUUUGUGGGGAAAGUUGCCAGGGAAUUUGGUGAAAAGUUAGAACCUCACAGUGAUUCUACCUUUUCUGCAUCAAGACUUCAGACAGAAUCAUGUUUGGAAUUGAGCAGAACAGACCAUGAUUUUUCUUCAUCAGUAGAUGCCUUGACACAUACUAAAAACGCAGAAAUGAUAAAAACAAGCCUUUCAUCGCAGUAUCCAGUGCCCAAGUCUAGCCUCUCUGCUAUAAAUAAGUCAAACCUGGGUGCUCAGGAUGUAGCCUCAUCCAUGACUCACAACAGAAAGGAAAAACAGGCUUUGUCAGGUGGUGUAAAAACAUCUAGUCCCCAGCCCCAAAGACAAAAUCAGUCCAAACAAUCAUUUGGUGUGCAAAAUGUGAAACCCCCCAUGCAAGUUAAAGGGCAACCUGAAAGUGGUGCAGCAUCUCAGAUAUGUACUAGAUCUAAGUUUCAAGACAAAACCCAUAAAUUCUAUUCCGCACCAAAACUAAAGGGGCUCAGUAUUAAAAGUAAAAACAAACCAUCGUCAGAAACCAGUGAGAAGAAUGCAACAAAACCCGAUGGAUCCAAAAAAUCGGAGUCAUUGCAGAAAUGUCCAGAAAAGUCACCAGUUUGUGAUAAUCUAUCAUCAAAGCUCUUCACCAAAAGAGUAUCAUUAAUUUGUAAUUUAAAAGCAAACAAACAUGCUGAGAAAAAUAAAUCUGAAAUGAAGCAUGAGAAUGAAAUCAGUAAAGUUCCUGCACAUUCGUCAGGAGAGCAGUUUCCAAUUCAUUUAGCAGCAGACACUAGACCCCAAACAAGACAGAAAAAUAAAGGUGAAAUAAAGACACCUAAUAUCACUGAUGAAAUGGAUUUGAGCAAUGGAAGGCAAAAACAAGUGUUGAAAGAAGAAUCUAAAGACCAAAAAGAGACUGAUCAACAAAUAACACUGGAUCACAAACUAAAAGAGGAAGAGCCCAAAGAAAUGCACAAAGAUAUCAGGGAAAAUGCAUGGAUUAAAAACUCUCAAAAGCCAUUUGGGGAAUCAGAAAAUUAUGAAAGUAAAGAAAAUAUUGCACAAAUGUCAAGUGAAAGAUCUACUGAACUACAUAUCACAACUUCUACAGAAUCGGAACUGUGUGCAAAUGCUAACAUGGCCAAUAAAAACGGGGGGAAAUUGUCACAAGUAGCACAGAAAGUAGAGCAGAAACCAUUACAUAAAGGACAGCUGGAUGAACAUUUGCCACCCUCAGGAUCUAAACCAUUGAAGGACUCUCCUGCACUCUCUUCUGCUUCAUUGCAUGAAGAUGAUCGAGAAUGCGUGUCAACCCGACGCAGCUUUAUUGAACUAAAACUAACAUCACCUGCUUUGGAGCGGAAAGAAGUUAGUAACAUGGCUACUCCUUCAGGCUUUUUGGACCACAAGUUAACCAAAUCCUCUGUAAUACAGGAUGAUGCCCAGAAACCAAAGAUAGCCCCAAAACCUCCUGCGAGGUUAGAGCAGACACCAGACCAAUUAAGCAGUGACGAUACACCAUUUGAUAAGUAUCCACCUGACUAUGCAAUUAAAUCUUCUUCUCAAAAACAGAAACUGCUACUGGAAAGAGAGGAAAAAUCAUUUGACACAUCACAAUUACACACCUCUGUUAAAGAUAUGGAUAAUGUUCAACCAAAAAUCGAGGCAAAUGGAAUCUUAAGGAAAUCUUUGAGUGAAGAAAAGCACUCCAGCACUGAUUUUAUCUUCUAUCAAAGGGAUAAGGACAAAUCAAAUAUGGGAAGCUUUACAAAUGAAUUGAACUGUCCACCAGAGUGUGGCUCUUUUUCUGUCAGACAGAGAAUUAAGUCUUUUGAAAGCCUAGCUAGCUUUGACAAGCCAGUAAUCAGGAAAAUAGACACGCAGUUUCCAGACUCGUCCUUUGUUACUUGCAAUGCUAGCUCUUUUACCAAGCCAGCAAUAGGAAGGCGAAUAUCGGGAAGUGCAAUACCUCUAAUGACAUCCAAUAUUUCAUCUAAUCGAGACUUCGAUGCAUCACGUGCAUUGAGGCGUAGUUUGAGCUCUUACGCUGAAGGGAGUUCUGAGGUUGCCUUCCCAUCACCGCAAUUAGAAAAGUCUCCAUCUAGCAUAGCUUUUCUGAACUUUGAAACAAAUCAUUCUGUGAGCAAUACUGAGGAGCUUAAAAAGACCAAUGAAUGUGAUUCCAACAGUGAAAGGUCUCAUGAGCAGGAUUUCACUUCAUGCAAGGUUAACAAUAGUAAAAGUAGAUCAUCAGUCAACCAUCGACCAAAUUCUUUGUCGCGCUCCAAGCUACGGGAACUGAGAGCACUAAGCAUGCCAGACCUUGACAAAUUGUGCAGUGAUUAUUCUACUGAUCCAAUGACCCAAAGCUUUAAAACUGAACUAGAAGUCAAGCCAAGAACAUCAAUUGGCCCUGCUGCUGAAAGCCUUACAAAUAUUUCUUCUGGAACCUCUUCUGCUACUAAUGGUUCAGGUUUAGUGAAAAUCUAUAGAUCUGGAAAAUCUAAUUUCAGAUCACGGAGUACCUGGAAAAGCAGCACUGGAGCACUAGAUUCUUGGUCUGAUGAUGAACUGGCAAAUAGUAAGAAUUUGUCCGAAAACAAGUGUAGAAGUUGGUCUGUCAGUCUUGAAGAUUUAUCCCAUUCCACCCAGGAGAAACAGAAAGUACAAGCUGUUUUGUCCUCGAUAAUGGCUAAAGCAGAUAUCACAAAAAUAAUUCAGGAAGCCAAGACAGUAGCUGAGAGUAAAGAAGACAUUUAUAUCAUAGUGUUGACCAAAGAAGAAGGUGCUGGACUGGGUUUCAGUGUUGCAGGAGGGGUGGACCAGGAGCAUAAAUCUGUAACUAUUCACAGAGUAUUUUUAAGAGGAGUGGCAGCUCAAGAAGGCACCAUUCAGCGGGGUGAUUACAUAUUAUCCAUCAAUGGAAUCUCUGUAAUAGGCACUACACAUGGAGAUGCACUGAAUGCACUUCACCAGGCCCGCUUACCUAAACAGGCCAUCAUUGUAAUUAAAAAAGGAAAGGAAAGAGAAGAAAUUUUCUCCAAGCCAGAUUUAUCGCUUCCUAAAGGAAACCAUCUCCCAGCUGGAAGAGAUGCUACUGCAGAAACAGCAGGAACAGGUAUGAAUGUGGACCUUGGAGGGGCCAUCACCAUAGAGCUGCUGAAGACCUCUGCUGGCCUAGGAUUCAGCCUAGAUGGUGGGAAGGCUUCAAUUCAUGGAGACAGGCCCCUGUAUAUUAAGCGAAUAUUUCAAGGUGGUGUUUCUGAGCAGUGUGGAAUGAUCGACGUUGGGGAUGAAUUGCUCGCAAUCAAUGGCAAGUUCUUGCAUGGCCUCAUGCACUAUGAUGCUUGGAACAUCAUCAAGUCUGUCCCUGAAGGACCCGUCCAGUUACUGAUUCGGAAAAUUAAAACAGUUUGAUGAUUGAGGUUUUGUUGGUGCAUUAGAGCAUAACCAAUAAUAUCACCAUACCAAAGUGAAGUGAUAACCCAAGGAGUUGUUGGCAAUUUUCUCAAAUCCCAACAAAAUUACCUCUACCAAAAUUUGUCUUGAAAAGAUGAGAAUUGAUAAAAUAACAAAGAAUUGUGAAUCUUUCAGAGUCAGGGGCCUUUUCAUUACAAUAAAUUUGUUUUACAAGAAAAGGCUAGAGAAAAAAGCAUUUGCAGAUUUUUUAAUUGUAUUCCAGAGCAGACAAUGGAAUUCAAAUGAUGUUCAAAUAAUCCAACACCAAGAAUUUACUUUGCUAAGCUCAGCACUGAUGUUUGCACAAGUCCAUUACGACGCUUAAGGAUCUCCAAAUCAAGUUACUAAGAAAGUCAUUGCCUGAAAUGAAGUGUAUACUCUCUCUAUAGAGACUUAUCCAACUCUUAUAGAAGUUAGAUGCACAAUGGUAAGAAUCCAAAGCCUAAGAGGCCUCCAGUUGUGAACAGUUAUACCGCUAGAGUUUACUUAACUAAAACAGAGGAGUUUACUAACAGAGCACUGGAGCACUUCCUGCUAUUUACCCAACCAGGACCAUCCUGCCAGUUAGGAUAUUGGUGUAUGGAAUUACCUAGAGCUAAGGAGGAAGAAUUGCAAUCUAUGUUAGAGGUCCAUCCUUCCAGAUCCCAGACUGGCUGCCUAAUCAUUGAGUUUCCCAGAAUACUGCAGAGCUGCUUGGCUCACAUAUCAGAGUAUCGAUUCUGCUGCAGACAAUUGAAUUGGUUCCAAUCUUUCAUUGCUGGCACAUUAUCUUUUAGACCUCUCAAGCCCUAUGUGAUUCUGCUUACCUCCCUACACCCAAAGGAUAUAGUAGUCACUAGUUUUUUAUUCAUCAGCCAAGUACAAGCUUGAGACUUUGUUACACAGGCAGCAGGUACCAGGGAGUACUAAUAAGCAACAUUACGCCACUGCAUUGUCCCUAGCAUGGCAUACACCAUACCCCAGAGCACUGUGAUUCCACCAGUUGGAAAUGUGAAGCUUACAGGAGUUGCUUGUCUAUCUGCAACCCAUUUGUCCUCAAUCAUUGGAAGUAACAAACCUUGGGGCAUACAUUCUCUUGUUCAUCCACCAGGACAGGUUACACCUUCCUGCAACAGUCAUUCCAAUUCUCAGGGUUUCCUCAUUAUUGUCUGUGUAAAGAAAGCAUUAUGUUUUGGCAGUAUUAAUGUGGAUCUAUUCUCAAUAAUAUUAAUCCUCUCUUUAUUAAAAUCAAUUGUUAAGUGUCUGUUUUGAGAACAGUGGGUCUGUUUUCCUCUUUAGGACUCUGGCAUAAGAACUUGGUGAGAUGGAAGCACUUAUUGCAAAUUGCUAUGCCAGUUGCUCACAAUCUUCCACCUAUUUAUUCUAAUGGGCAGUAUAGUAUCAGCAGCUUAUGGUUGACCCUGCAGUGAUUAUGCCUGAAUGCUGAAGAGGAAAACCUGCUCCAGGGUCUGGAAGGAGAAAAGGCUGUUCUUCCUUUGCUUAUGACCCUGUGCUAUGAGGUCCCAAUUGCUUAUCACUGCAAUCAGGCUAAAUUUACUAUAUUUUUCAUCCUGCAAUUUUCAGAUCAGGGCGAGAGGCAGUCCUCUGAGGUGCUUCAUUGAUGAAAGGGAGUUCAGACUAGCAUUGUGUGACACACCUUUCCUCUGACUCUUUCUUCAAACUGAUUAAUCACAGUGUGAUAUCAAGAGCUGAAGUUUUGCUCCUGAAGCGGGUAGCUUGAGUCGGAAAAUUUCUCGACUUGCCAGACCUGCCUCAGUAAAAAGUAUCCCGAAAUACACAAACUCAUACCCCUCCACCCAUGGCCCCUCAUAACCUCCAUCAAACUCAAUGCCAACUCUUGUACCCCACCCAACCCCUUGGUCCCUCAUACCCUACAUACUAACAGUGCCAACAAAUGCCCCGCCACCUACUCCCUUUGGCCCCUCAUACUCUCCAUGCCACCUCAUGCCCCCACCCAGCCUUUGGCCCCUCAUACCCUACAUGCUAACUCAAUGCCAACACAUGCCCUCCCACCCACACCCCUUGUCCUCAAAUCCUCCAAGCCAACUCACCCAGUAUCACCAUGGGCAGACCUCAUAAACCAGGUAGCGAUGAGAAAAAAAUCUUCUAACAAUCUAAUUCAGCUCUCACUCCUACACACUUGAUAGUGAAAAAACAUGGAUCCAAGAGCAGGGUGUGAAGAAACCAACAGCCUGCACUGUGCAAGCUACCUGACUAAAGCAACAAGUAUAAUUCCAAUUUGCCUUUGAGGAUGAAAGUAGAAAGAGAAAUAAAACAUAUGGGGUGGAAUUAUGCUCAAUGCCAUUAGCAUAUGAUGCAAAAGGCAUUAAUAAAUUGGCUAACAUCACCACUAAUAUAGUAGAAUGGCAAUCUCAUUUGAAAGUGCAAUCAUUUGUAACUCAUACCACCUGUACAAUUUCAUGUCAUUAGUGAGUCAAUUACACAAUUACUAGUGGAUCUAAAGGAAUUAAUAAGCAACCAGCCCUUCCAUAUCAAGAGCCAAUUGAAUAUUCAAUAGUUUUCUCUGCGCCUGGGGUCAUGUCACUAGAUUGUUUCCCUGUAGGUGGCAGUAGUAUCAGAUCCUUUGUCAUUGCAAACAUUUCUGCCAAGGGUGCUAUAAUUCCCUUUAUAAAGAUAACAAACAUUUUGAAAUUCUUUAUGGGAUUUGGACAAUGAUGGCAAAGCCUCAUAUAAUGCCCAUCCCUUGUUACUCUCAUAAUUCUUAUAGAACUGCUGCAGUCCUUAUGGUAAUGGAGCUUCUGCAAUGGUCUUAUGUAGGAAAUCCAACAAUUCCAUAAGUGUAUUCAGUAUUAAGACAGCAGCAACUUACGUUAACAUCCCAAUGCACUUCACAGGAACUUUACCAGACAUUUUCCAGGGAUACUUGCAGGUGACCAAAAGCUUUGUCAAAGAGUUAGGUUUUAAUGAGCCUCUUAAAAAGAGGACAAAGAGGCAGACAGGUUUAGAGAGGGUAUUCCAGAGUUUGACAAACAAGUAAUGAGAAAAUACCAUUCAAAAACCACAUAAAUAUAACCAGCUUAGAUUUCUACUGGGAUUCCUCCAACUGUUUUUGCCAUUUCUGUAGGGUAUCCCACUGUUGCUAUCCCACUGAACAUAUCAAGGAUGAGGUAAACAUCAGGCGUGAUCUAAAUGAAUGGUGGAAUAGGCUCAAGGGGCUGAAUGGCCCACUCCUGUACCUAAUAUGGUCAUUAAUUACAAAUUGAAUUUAUGUAUUGUCCCUUAAAUGCAGGAAUACAUCUCGCUGCAUUUACAAAGGAUAAAGAUACAUCACUUAAAAGUAGGAUUUAAUAUGUCAGUAAGCUGCGCUUCUAAAAAGUAAUUAGCUGAACCCAGUCAAAACAUUUUUCAUUGAAACCUAUGAUCUUUAUUUUAAGUUAGCAUUCACAGGAAGGUACUACAGCUAAAUUUUGGUUUAAACUGUUGUGUUUUAACCCAUGUCAACCCAAAUGUCGACAUUGAACCAGACUGCUUCCAAAAAUGAAGAAACUAAAUUUAGGAAAGGCUGAGAAGAAAGAUCAGAUGAGAAGAUGUGUGUAUUGUUAUGAAUGAAGACAUGGUAGAAACUAAUAAAAUGCCGGAAAUACUCUGGACCUGGCAGCAUCUGUGGAGCGAGAAACAAGAGUUAACAGUUCAGGUCAAUAACCUUUCAUCAAUUUUACCUACACCACACGGACUACAGCGGUUCAGGAGGGCAACUCGCCACCACCUCCUUGAGGGCAAUUAGGAAUGGGCAGUAAAUGCUGGCCUAGCCAGUGAUGUCCACCUCCCAUAAAAAAAUGUUUAAUUCUGAUUAUUCAUCAGGUCAUUGACCUGAAAUGUUAAUUCUGUUUCUUUCUCUAAAGAUGUUGCUUGAACUGCUGAGUAUUUCAGCAUUUUCUGUUUCUAUUUCAAGUUCCAGACUGUUUGUUCUCUUCAUCCUGGUAUGCUCUGUUGAUUUGAAAAUUUGGAAGAGACUGUUUCAAACAGCUGAUGUGGACAAUACAUUAACCAGAAUCUGCCUCUCUGCCCAAAUUAUUUUAAGAAUAUCUUAAUAUAAUAUUAACGGUGUUAGUAAUGGAGAAAAUUAGAUUUAUGAAAGUGAGUAUCCGGACCUCAAUGACGAUUUUUCUUUACUCAUGUCAAUUUCUUUUCCUAAAAUUAGCAAAGAGAGAAAACUCCGAAUGUAUAAAUCCCACUUCAGUUUAAAUUGCGCACUUAUUCUAGAAAUCCUGCUGGUGUAAUAUCAGACUAGUGAAUAGCUUGUCUGCAUUUAGAAAACAUAAUGUAGACCUCAACAAUGAACACCAGAUUUCAUAGUGUAUGACAAAUAAGAACAUUCACAACCUCAAACCUCCAUUCCAUCCCUAUUUAUCUUCAUUGUUUUGUUUAAGAGUUCAAAUUGCCAGCAUCUGUUUGGUCAUGUAAUGAAUUCACUCACUUUUUUUGAGACCAUUAUUGGUUGUAAUUUAAAGACAGUCAUUGGAAUUACAAAUGGAUGGCAACAUAGUUCUGUAAACUAACAUAUUCUAGCAUUACAACUUGCACAAAUUAAACUCUACACUUCUCAUUGAUUCCAUUUUAAAUCUGCAAAAGUACCAAUUAAUAAAUCAUUUAAAAGUAACAUCUAAUAGAGAAUUUUAGACCAAUCUACUUAUGUUUCAGCAAAAAACAUGGUGCACAAACUGUAAAAUACUGUUGUAAAAAUAUUUUUAUUUGUGUAAGAAUAUGACUGCUUUGUCAACAGUUGACUUACAUGAAAUAUGGGGGAAUAAAAGAGUGCAAUACUACUAAAUGGAUUGUAUAUUUUUUAAAGUGGCUUUGCGCUCAUUAUUUAAAGCUGAAAAAUCUGUAAACAAGGUUUUAUAUUGAUUCAAAACACUUUUAUGAAAUAAAAAUGCAUCCUAAUCAUA